AUGUCCUUCGACGUUGCCGACACCUCUGGACAGUCAUGGUUUGGCCCUGCAUCGCUCCUUCAAGGGAUGGGCACAAAGCUGGAAUCGAUCGGAAAUGCUGCAGGAGGAUCAAACUCGUAUUUUGGAAAUAAAUACUCAAUUACCGCACAUUUUUCCGAAGGUGACCCUGCCUACGACUGGAUCAUAUUGUUUCUGACUGAGGAAAAAGUGUGGACACGCUCGAGACAGUUUCAAGUCAAUGCCGCAUCUUCUCUUCGACAAUGGACGGUCAACUUGGCGUCUAACCCCAAGCCGGGUGGGCACGUCGAUGAACACGCAGAGUACGUCCCAACAUAUGACGAACCACAGCUGUUUCGAUGGAGGGGAUACUGGGCCGAAAUCAGGAGGAGUGGAUCACAAAAAAAUCAAGCAAAUUAUAAUGCUUUUAUCAUGGAUGGAAGUGGGUCUUUGGGAAAGCUGUCAUUGACGCUAUAUACUCGCGAUAUGAGCGCGUUGUCUGCAUUGGUCGAUGAUGCGCGAAAGAAAUAUAUGGCCACUAGUAGACCACAUGUCAUUGUGCAUAGCGCUGACCAGGCUGGAGAAUUGGGUCUCGAGAUAUAUUCUCUUGCGCUUUCGUCAAACAUGCUUGAUGAUGCAAUGCUGGCACGAUUGGUAUCAUCAAUACCAAAACAAGCCAUAAUCCUUAUUGAAGAUAUCGAUUGCGCAUUUCCUUCUCGCGAAGAUCAGGAGAAUGAGGAAUCGUCGAUGCGUGGUAUGAUGAUGGGAAUGAACAUGAUGGGGAUGAAUAGACGCGCUAUGAACAUGGCAAGACCCGGAUCCGCCGUGACUCUCUCGGGGCUCCUUAACGUUCUCGAUGGUGUUGGAAGUGAGGAAGGGAAACUAUUUUUUGCAACGACAAACUACGUUGAACGACUGGAUCAAGCUCUUUUACGUCCUGGACGAAUCGACGUGAAAAUUCCAUAUCAGCUUGCAACACAGGAACAAGCUGCUGCAUUGUUUGUACGCUUCUACCCAGAUGACGAGCUUACCGUGGAUGCAGGAUUAGAUAUCGAAAAGAAAUCUCUUCCUGACUUUGCGAAGCCAUUGGACAUACCUGCACUUGCAGAACGUUUUGCAUCUUUUGUUCCCCAGCAUGAAUUUUCCACAGCCGAGUUGCAGGGUUUUCUUCUGUCCUGCAAAAAUGAUCCCCUUCGUGCAGCAGAUGAAGUCGGUGCAUGGGUGGAACGAGAGAAAAAGGACAAGUUGGAGCGUUUAAAAAGAGAAGCCGAGGAGAAGGAAAAGAAGGAGGAAAAAAAGGAGGCCCAUGAGACCAAGCGUUUGCGAGGCGGGUUAGCGAGACUCGGCGUUUCUGUUGGAGGUCAAGAACCAAAAUUUGAAGCUCUGCCUUACCUCAAUUCAACGGUUACCCCUCAACAUCGUGCUAAAGUUGAUGAUAAACCUGAUGCAAAUGGAGCUGCUAUGGAUCAAUACCAUGCUGAAGCUUCCACUUCGAAAGUAUCUCAGGUGGUUGACCCUAACGGCUCGACUUUGCUGUAG